AUGGCUGAUAGUAACGAGGGAUCCAAGAUGGAACGGUAUUUAAAAGUGAUUACUGCAGUGAGCGCGUACUGGGUUUGUUCUAUAGGACUGGUAUUUCUGAACAAGUACCUUCUAAGCAGCGAUGACCUUCAGCUGAACGCCCCUCUCUUCAUUACAUGGUUUCAAUGCGUCGUCACCGUCGUCCUUUGUUUCUUGUUAUCAUUCUUAUCCAAGAAGCUUCCCCAUACAAUCACAUUCCCUCGUAUGACUCUUGAUGCGAAGCUGAGCAGAGAAAUUCUUCCGCUGUCAUUAGUUUUUGUUGGAAUGAUUGCAUUCAACAAUCUGUGCCUCAAAUACGUUGGUGUAUCAUUCUAUUAUUUGGGACGUUGCCUUACUACUGUUUUCAAUGUGAUGUGUACUUAUUUGAUUUUGGGCCAAAAAACUUCCGCGCGAGCUGUAGGCUGCUGCUUCCUAAUAGUCGCUGGUUUUCUUAUGGGUGUCGAUCAAGAGGAUGCCUCAGGGUCUCUUUCUGUUAUGGGAGUCAUAUUUGGUGUUUUGGCAUCUCUUUGCGUUGCGUUAAAUGCCAUCUACACACAGAGUUCCCUUCCGAUUGUUGGAGACUCCAUAUGGCGGUUAACUAUGUACAACAAUCUGAAUGCUAUAGUGCUAUUCCUACCUUUCAUGCUGUUCUUUGGUGAGUUCGGCGAGCUCUUUUACUUCCCUCGAUUGUUCAGUCCUGUGUUCUGGAUGUGGAUGUCAUUAUCCGGUGUAUUUGGUUUCCUCAUGGGAUAUGUCACCGGUUGGCAAAUUCAGGUCAGUUAUGUUGGUUUCUUAAGCUGA